AUGAAGUUCUUCGUGUACGUCAUCGCUGCUGUUGUCGCCAUCGUGUCUAGCCAAACCCUCAAGGGUCAGUCCCCCAUCGACUUGCCCGCCUCCGCCAAGCCCGUGGCCAACACCGGCAACUUCUCCGUCGUGCUCCACACGGCUUCGGCUGUGAUGUCACAUGAGGGCUACAUCGUCAAGGCCACGUGGUCGGGGGGCCCAGACUCGCACUUGACCCUCAACGGCAAGGUGUACAAGUCGCUGCAACUGCACCCCCACGCUCCCAGCGAACACACCCUCGGGGGCAAGCAGUACCCCUUUGAAGACAAGAACCUGGCCGUGGUCGGCAUCUUCUUUGACUUGGACCCCCAAGACAAGCCCAACCCGUUCUUGACUCAAGUGUUCAGCCAGUUUGACCAGUUGACCAAGCCUGGCGACAACUUUACGCUGGCGGCGCUCGACCCGUCGAGUCUCUAUAUGAGCGAAAGCAACGUCUUUCGGUACCCUGGCUCGCUCACCACGAAGCCGUUCACGGAAGGUGUCGAGUGGAACGUGUUGCAAAAGGUGCAUACACUGUCCAAGGCGCAAUUGAAGCAGUGGUCCAACGUCAUUCACCUCCCCAACGCUCGUGAACUCCAAGCCCUGAACGGACGCGUGGUUACCUUGCUGCGCAUGGAUUGCUAG